AUGAUUGAUGAAGAUGACAGCUGGGAAGAGGCAGUUGAGGAACAUGCAGCUGAAGAGAUUGAGCAGCCCGAUGUUGUGAUGAAGAGUAUGAAUGAUAUGAAGAUUGAGAUGCUACACAAGAUAUUGUGGGUAUUUGUAAGAGUGCUAAAGAAAGUAGAUAGACCUGAUAUUAAUGAGACAAUUGAUUUUCAUAUUCUUGAGCGAUUAAAAAUAUAUGCACAGAAAAAAGAGCUUGAAGAUGAGGUUCUGAGGAUGAUAUUGUUGUUUAGGCUGUGCACUGUGUUUGGUAUUGCAAGCAGAAUAUACAUUGUUCUUGCGGAUGAGAUUGAGUGUUUUGUAGAGUGCAAGGUUCUGAACAUGGUUAGCAAGCAUCACAAGAUUUACAAUGCAUGUGUGGUGUCUAUUGAUGCAAUGUUCAGAGUAGUGGAUCAAUCGUAUUAUUUUUCAUCAUGCACAAAACAGCGCCUGGCAGUGAAGUAUGCAAUUAGAAAGAUUGAAGAAGCAGAGAUCUACAAAGCAAUUGAAUUGGAUGAGAAUGGAAUGGUUAAGUGUUUUGAUGAUCUUGACAAUGAAAGAAUGCGAAUUAUUCCUAAGACUGUAGAAAUGUUCAGAAGACACCCGAGAUACAUUGUUGAAUCAAUGCUGCGAUGGAAUGAAUGUAUCUAUCCCAAAAGAACAGCAAGUCAAAAGUUCAAGGGAGAAACUGUGUAUCUACGAGAGUGUGUAGUGAGGCUGAAAACCAAAGAGCAGCUGUAUAAAGUUGGAAAGGAUGUUGAAGGAAUCAAGCCUUAUAGGAUUGUAAAGAAGGUGCAAGGCGCUGUUAGGUUGUAUGCACCAUGGCAAGGCAAGGAUCUUGUAGUAGAGGGAUUUGGAGAGUCAAUGUAUCAAGAGUAUUUCCAUGUGAACUUUAUUCCAAAAGAGUGUGUUUAUAUUGGAAAUGAUUAUGCAAGGGAAAUUGCAUACAUGCUUGGGUUUCCUUAUAGGAUAUGUUUCCAUGGGUUUUCAAGACGCAUGCCUGUCAACAAAGGAAUAUUUCUUGAAAAGAAGAAUUUGUAUGUGUUUUCGAAUUUUCUGCAUGAAUAUUGUGCAUAUAUGGAGAAGAAUGAGAGACAUGCAAAGAUUAUGCUAGAGUUUAUCAGAUGGAGAAAGAUGAUCAGAGUUGCACAAAGAUACCUUGCGAUCAGGAAACACCUGGGGCUUGGUAUGUGA